AUGAGCCCUGCUAUGAGCCCUGCUAUGUGCUUGACCUGCUAUGAGCCCUGCAAUGAGCCCUGCCAUGAGCCCUGCCAUGAGCCCUGCUAUGAGCCCUGCUAUGAGCCAUGCUAUGAGCCCUGCAAUGAGCCCUGCAAUGAGCCCUGCAAUGAGCCCUGCAAUGAGCCCUGCUAUGAGCCCUGCUAUGAGCCCUGCACUGAGCCCUGCUAUGAGCCCUGCUAUGAGCCCUGCUAUGAGCCCUGCAAUGAGCCCUGCAAUGAGCCAUGCUAUGAGCCCUGCAAUGAGCCCUGCAAUGAGCCCUGCAAUGAGCCCUGCUAUGAGCCCUGCUAUGAGCCCUGCUAUGAGCCCUGCUAUGAGCCCUGCACUGAGCCCUGCUAUGAGCCCUGCUAUGAGCCCUGCUAUGUGCUUGACCUGCUAUGA